AUGAAAUUUAUAGACCAAGAGGAAGAAAUUAUAAAAUCAUUUACUCUAAAGACUGCACGUCCUAGAAUACGUUUUAGUAAAUACCAAGAGGAUGUACUAAACCUAGCAUUCUCAAAAAAUCCAUAUCCAAAUAAAUUUGAUAAAUCUGAACUUAAUAUACUAACUGGUAUACCAAUAAGAAAUUUAAAAAUAUGGUUUCAAAAUAAAAGAACACGAAAUAAAGACAUUUAA